AUGUCCUUCCUCUGCUGCUGCUGCCGCAAGUCGAGCGAGGCGCCGGCCUUCGAGCUCGGCGUGCUCGACUACCCGCUCGUGCGCCUCGACCGCAACGGCGGCGACGUCAGCGUCGAGUCGUCGGCCACGGGCGACGCGCUCGGCGGGUCCGGCGUCGCGUACACGAGCACGGCGAUCGAGCAGGACGCCGCGUACUGGGAGCUCCACGUCGAGGCCGCGGGGCCCUUCCGCGUCGGCGUCUGCCGCGAGCUCGGCGAGGCCCAGCUCGGCGGCGAGCUCGGCGACGGCCAGACCUCCUGGGCGCUCGACAGCGCGGCGGCCGGCGCCGUCGAGGGCGACGUCAUCGGCGUCGCCUUCGGGCAGGCGGAGCUGCCGAACCUGAGCUUCUUCCUCAACGGCGAGCUGCUGGAGCACGGCAUGGUGAACCGCAUCCGCGGCGAGGUCUUCCCCGCCGCGAGCGUCACCGGCGGCGCGAAGCUCCGCUGCGUCUUCGACGAGGCCAACUUCGAGCACGCGCCGCCGCGGACCCACUCCGCGCUCCGCGUGACCCAGAACAUCAUCUAG